AGGGGAGGGAAGGGGAGGGGAGCAAGCUCGAGCGAGGGGAGGAGCGGCAGCAGCGAUUUGCGUCUCGACGGGGCCAAUCCGAAAUGUGGCGCUGCUGGCGGAGCCCCGUAAAGUGCACGAGCUUUCGGUUGAACUGAGAAUGUUAUGAGAGGUCGAGGUUUUUUCAUCCGCGACCUGAUUCGAUUCAAGUUCAUUUCUUGGACGUCGGUUUUUGAGAAGCAAUCAUAGAGCUACGUGCUAAUUAAAGCGAUGGAGCCAGACGAGAUUGGAGUUGUGCUGGCCAGGGCAUCCGACCUUCACGCUAAGAUCAGCGACGCUAUAGAGAGAGCUUUAAAGACCGAGGUUCAGUAUAGUACCGGAGGAAAUAGUCCCAACACUGGGGAAUCGGAAAAUGCUGCUCGUCCUUCGUCUCCUUCUCCUGACGGUUCUGGUAUUUCCGAUGGAUUUGGAAAGAGUGAGCGAAAAUAUGAAGUCGACGUGUACGAAAAAGGUGCAACAGUUGGGGAUGGUAGUGCGGAAGCGCGAAGCCUUGGGGCAAUUCGAGAUGCUCUGGAGGCCCUCGAAGAGUCGCUGGAAUCCCUACAGACUGUUCAACUGCAGCUGCGAGCUGAGAAGGACAGAGCACUUGACAGUAUCGAGGAUAAUAGGCUAGUUUUGAGCAGGCUAUUGAAGGAGCAUCGUGGCAGAGAGUGGGAGGUUGUUCACGAAGCUCUUGCGUUUGCUGGAGAGCCUGUGGAGUACCCUGAUGAUCUUCCUUUGCCGCCUUAUCCCAUGCCAGUUGCCGAUCCCCCUUCCUUUGCGCCUGCAGUAGAAGACCUGGCUCCACGUUAUCCGAUGCAAGUUAGAACAAGCGGGGCUAUGAAGAGGCUGUCGAUAGGGCCAGGGGUUCGAGAAAGUAUAGAGGACCUCAAGUUUAAUGUUAUUGCUGGCGAUGAAAGUGAGGAGGAGCUUCUUGAAGAAGAUGAGGAGGAGUCUCCCAGAUCAGAGCAAAGUCGGAAGUCCGGGAGAGGAUUUCUUGCGUCCAUUUUCGGCCAUGCCUUCGGGUUCACCACUAAGGCUGCUUUAGUUGUUGUCAGUGUACUGGCAGCACUUGCCGUGUCAGAAGUAAGUCACCGGCUUGAGAAAAGAAGAGCAGGGACCAGUCCCUCACAUCCGAGCCCCUCGUCUCCUCCACAGGUGCGCCAGAAGUCUCCUGCUGCCGUCCUUCGUGAGUGCCCACCUGGGAAGAAGCUGAUCAUGGAAGAUGGGAUACCGAAGUGUGUCGUCAAGGAGAGAGUAGAGCUACCUUUUCCAAGGGAAAUAAAGAAUCCUGAUGUACUAUAUGGCCGUGGAUAAAUGCCCAUUCAGGUAUAGGUUGAAAUAUGUGUCACUUGUACGUAGUGCUGGAAACCCGAGGCAGUUUCGUAUAAGGUCUGAGGACACUGAGGUUGGAAGUUCAGAUGGAUAGGAAGGAAGACGAACGGAGAAGAGAUCGAAGGAGUACAUGAUUAACGUAGUAUGUGUACAUCGUAGAUUGGUGCGUAGAUGGAUCACAAGCAUGAUCACUUUGGCCAAAACGACCGAGGGUUGAAUCGGGAGCCUUCUUGUAAAUUUACGCCUUUUUGGAUCCGAAUAACUGGACUGAGGCUUUCUUGUGUUGGUGCAGGCCUGACUCGAU